AUGGCAACUCUGACGCAGCCAAUGUUCUGGGGUGAUAGGCAGCCUCCCACAACAUCUCCGUACCUGUCCUAUGAACAGCCCCCAUCAUCAGCUCCGUAUCUGUCCUAUGAACAGCCCCCACCAUCAGCUCUGUAUCUGUCCUAUGAACAUCCCCCACCAUCAGCUCUGAAUCUGUCCAUUGAACAUUCCCCACCAUCAGCUCCGUACCUGUCCUAUGAACAGCCCCCACAAUCAGCUCUGUAUCUGUUCUAUGAACAUACCCCACCAUCAGCUCCAUAUCUGUCCUAUGAACAGCCCCCACCAUCAGCUCUGUAUCGGUCCUAUGAACAUCCCCCACCAUCAGCUCCGUACCUGUCCUAUGAACAACCCCCACCAUCAGCUCUGUAUCUGUCCUAUGAACAUCCCCCGCCAUCAGCUCUGAAUCUGUCCAUUGAACAUCCCCCACCAUCAGCUCCGUACCUGUCCUAUGAACAACCCCCACCAUCAGCUCUAUAUCUGUCCUAUGAACAGCCCCCACCAUCAGCUCCGUAUCUGUCCUAUGAACAGCCCCCACCAUCAGCUCUGAAUCUGUCCAUUGAACAGCCCCCACCAUCAGCUCUGUAUCUGUCCUAUGAACAUCCCCAGCCAUCAGCUCCGUAUCUGUCCUAUGAACAUCCCCCACCAUCAGCUCUGUAUCUGUCCUAUGAACAUCCCCCACCAUCAGCUCGGUAUCUGUCCUAUGAACAUCCCCCACCAUCAGCUCCGUAUCUGUCCUAUGAACAGCCCCCACCAUCAGCUCUGUAUCGGUCCUAUGAACAUCCCCCGCCAUCAGCUCUGAAUCUGUCCAUUGAACAUCCUGCACCAUCAGCUCCAUAUCUGUCCUAUGAACAGCCCCCACCAUCAGCUCUGAAUCUGUCCAUUGAACAUCCCCCACCAUCAGCUCCGUAUCUGUCCUAUGAACAGCCCCCACCAUCAGCUCCGUAUCUGUCCCAUGAACAGCCCCCACCAUCAGCUCCAUAUCUGUCCUAUGAACAGCCCCCACCAUCAGCUCUGAAUCUGUCCGUUGAACAUCCCCCACCAUCAGCUCCGUAUCUGUCCUAUGAACAGCCUCCCACAACAUCUCCGUACCUGUCCUAUGAACAGCCCCCACCAUCAGCUCUUUAUCUGUCCUAUGAACAUCCCCCACCAUCAGCUCUGAAUCUGCCCAUUGAACAUCCCCUACCAUCAGCUCCGUACCUGUCCUAUGAACAACCCCCACCAUCAGCUCUGUAUCUGUCCUAUGAACAGCCCCCACCAUCACCUCCAUAUCUGUCCUAUGAACAGCCCCCACCAUCAGCUCUGAAUCUGUCCAUUGAGCAUCCCCCACCAUCAGCUCCGUAUCUGUCCUAUGAACAGCCCCCACCAUCAGCUCUGUAUCGGUCCUAUGAACAUCCCCCACCAUCAGCUUCGUAUCUGUCCUAUGAACAGCCCACACCAUCAGCUCCGUAUCUGUCCUAUGAACAGCCCCCACCGUCAGCUCUGUAUCUGUCCUAUGAACAGCCCCCACCAUCAGCUCUGAAUCUGUCCAUUGAACAUCCUCCACCAUCAGCUCCGUAUCUGUCCUAUGAACAGCCCCCACCAUCAGCUCUGUAUCUGUCCUGUGAACAACAUCCACCAAACGCUGCAUAUCAGAGACAUUUUUAG